UGACCACCUCCUGCACGGACAGAGAGCAAGAGGCCUAAUUAGGACGUCCUCUCACUGGCCCAAUGGCAUCUCCCAGAACUGUAACCAUUGUGGCUCUCUCGGUGGCUCUGGGGCUUUUCUUUGUCUUCAUGGGGACGAUCAAAUUGACCCCAAGGCUCAGCAAAGAUGCCUACAAUGAAAUGAAACGAGCCUACAAAAGUUAUGUCCGGGCCCUUCCCAUAUUGAAGAAGAUGGGAGUCAGCUCAAUCCUUCUCCGCAAGAGCAUUGGUGCCCUGGAGGUGGCAUGUGGAAUUGUCAUGACACUGGUGCCUGGACGCCCCAAGGACAUGGCCAACUUUUUCCUCCUGCUGCUUGUGCUCGCUGUACUUUUUUUUCACCAGUUAGUGGGUGACCCACUCAAGCGCUAUGCCCAUGCCCUUGUCUUUGGGAUCCUGCUCACUUGCCGCCUACUGAUCGCCCGCCAGCCUGAGGAGCAGCCACCUGAGAAGAGGAUCCUGUUGGUGAAUGGUGAUGAGCAGCCACUUGCCCACGAGGCAGCUCCUGAGAAAGGCAAAGUAAAGGUGUCUUAGAGGAAUGCAUUU